AUGUCAACUCUUACGAACCAAAUUCAAAACGAAAAUCUGAGUGACAAUCCAAGCGACGAAUUAAUGGGAGAUCAGAAAUCCACCACUGCGCUAACUCUACUGGACGAACUUUUCGAUUCUCCAGACUUUCAGCCUUUGAGCGACAAGGAUACCGGAUUCCAUUGGUUAGAAAAUGGCUUCGAUGAAUCAAUGUUACCAACCGAGAGCGAUGCAAUAGAUUUUGACGAAGUUACCUUAAUGGACUGCAUCCAAUCAGAAAGAGAAACGAACUUUCAAAUUUGUGACGAAGUUGAAGAAACUUCUAAGAACUAUAUUCCUGAGAUUAUAGAGGAGGAUACCGAGGCUGGAACCACUCCAACAGAUCACGAUUAUUGUGUGAAAGAAUAUACCUAUGCAACGACCAGUCCUUCUAGUGCAGAGCUAAGUCCCAAAAGCGAUCGCUCUGUUAAACGACUAUGUACUGGUUCCCCUUCAGAAAAUGAUACAGGAUACUCUUCUGCUGCAUAUACGGAAACUAGUGAAAACGACAUCCCAGUAAGCCCUUUAAGCGAUGAUAGCAAACCUCCGGACAAUGUUACCGAAAUCAAGAAAUUGUUAAAAUUGACAGAUGAAGAGAUCAAAAUUUUUCAGACCGAAGGCCUGGUUAUUCCUCAAAAAUUGCCUUUGACAAAGACUGAGGAGCGUGCUUUAAAGAGGGUCAGAAGAAGAAUAAAAAACAAGAUCUCAGCCAAAGAGAGCAGACUUAGGAAAAAAUGUCAUAUGGAAAAUUUGGAAGCCAAACUAGCAGAUACCAAUGCUGAUAUGGGCGACUUAAAGAGAAAAAUUGAUUGUUUAGAAGACGAUAAAAAGUCUUUAUCCGCGCAAGUUCUAUACUGGAAAAACCUAUUUUACGACAAAUUCAAUCAGCCUAAGCGCUCUGCUGCUACUCAAACCGGAACUGUUCUAAUGGUUGUAGUUUUAUGCUUUGCUCUCGCUGUUGGAAGUUGGUCACCAUUUAUGCAUGUUGAUCCAAGUAAAGAUGGAGUACUACAGAAAAUUCAAAAUAAAACGAAUAUAAAUAUUUUGUCCGAUGCACUCCAAGACACAACAUAUGAUACUCCUCCAGUUCGUAGCCGCGUCCUGCUAGGUCUCAUGGAAGGUGAAGAUAGCGGUUUGCUCUUUACGGCAUCAAAUGAAUCGACCAAAGUUUCGUUGGAUCCCGAUAAAUAUGAUAUCAAGAUCAACGAAACUGAAUUACGAAGAUGA